CCCUUCUUUGCACGCCCAGCCCAGGCUGCCUUUCCUGGGGAGGAAGAAAGAGGUACCUGCUUCCAUCCUGAUGCCUGGAAGUGACCCUACUGGAGGGAAUCCUUCAGAACCUGCAAAGCAGAACCCUCACUGCAAAGUCAGAGGCAAUCCCUGCAGUGCAUUUUUUAAAAAAAUUAAUUAAUUAAUAUUAUUAGUUAUAUUUGCAAAGGACAGGGCAGAAAAAGGGACUUGCAAGUAGAAUGAGUUUGCUUUUGACUCCACCUUAAAAUAAUAAUAAUAAUAAUAAUAAUAAAUAAUCCUGGAUACAUUUGCAAGGCAUGCAUCCUUUGCUGCUUUGCUUUGCUUUCCUGUCUCAAGUUUUAUUUUUUAAAAUUUUAUUUUAAUUUAAUUUUUCCUUUUCUGCCUCUUUUAAAGGCUGGUUAGAGCCCCUUUGCUUGGAAACUUAAAAAACAAAAAAGGAUUGCACUUUCUGUGUUGAUUAAAUAGAUAAGCAAUUAUUAUUAUUUUAUUGUUGUUAUUGUUAAAUUUUAUUUAUAGAGCAUUGUAAAUUUACACAGCACUGUACCUACAAUCAGUUAAAUUAUUAUUAUUAUUAUUAUUAUUAUUAUUAUUAUUAAGCUUUAUUUAUAUAGCGCUGUAAAUUUACACAGCACAUUAAAAAUAGAAUAAAAUGAAACGAACCUGCCGAUGGCAUAUGUUCUACAAAAAAAUAAUUUAACAUCAUACUGUGCAUGUUAAUACAGAUUAACAUUAAAUAAUAAAAUGUAAUAUAUAAAUUUAUGUGUUUGUACCCUGCUUCCCCCCCGUGUUAAUUCAUAUUAUCAUUAAAUAAUAAAAUGUAAUAUAAAAUAUUAUAUUUAUUUGUACCCUGCUUCCUCCACCAAAAAUUGGGAUUCAAUGCAGCUUACGAAGUCUAAAAACACAGUGCAGUUAAAAACUUACCAAAAUGGCAUUUAAAAAGGAAUAGGGAAGUUAAAGAAGAGAAUAUACAUGUGUGACAUAAAUUGAUAUGUUUUUAUUAUGUAAAAUCAAUUUAUUAUUAUUGUUAAAGUUUAUAUAGCACCAUAAGUUUACAUGCCGCUUUACAUGAUAAACAACCAAAAUACAGAUCAGAGCCGUCUAAAACUGAAAAGCAGGCAAUAAUAUAGUUAACAGUAUUAUAAUAAAAUGUUAUAAUAAAAUAUAAAAUUAACAAUAUAAUUCUAAAACAAGAGACUAUAGGAUAAUACACAAAGUCCUUAAAAAAGCAAUAGGAAGGAAGUGGCUGGAUGGAAAAAAAAAUAAUCCAAUUUUGGGAAGCAGUAAGAGGCUUGUUUCAUUGACAAGGAUGAGACUGGUUUUGUUUCAUUAAGAGGGAGGAAACGAAAGACAAGAUGCUGGAGGUUGAAGAGCCGGGCAGUAGUCCGAACAGCGGCUCCGGUGUGGGUGAGCUGAUGGGGAACCGGAAGCUGAUAGCCCUAGGGGCUGUUUUGGGUUGGCUCCUGGUGGUCCAUUUGUUGGUCAACGUCUGGCUGCUCUGCAUCCUCUCUGGGUUGUUGGCCCUGUUGGGUGGAUGGCUGGGCUCCCAAGUGGUCAUCAAUACCAGCCACAAAAUCCACCUGGAGAGGUUCUUGCUCCUCGAGGGCAUCCCCCAAAGCCCAGAGGCGGAGAAGCAGCUGGACGAGGAGAUCGAGAACAUGAUCCGGAAGAUUGUUCGGGAUUUCGUGUCCUCCUGGUACCGGGCAGUGAGCACCGAGCGGGGCUUUGAGGACGAGGUGGAGAGAGCCAUGCUGGGCCUGGCCGCGGAGCUGAAAAGGCGGAUGACCCUCGUGGACAAGCAGGCCUUGACCCGGAGGGUCCUUCUCCUCGGCGGAUGCCACCUCCAGACCUACAAGAGGGCCCGAGAGAAAGUGGCGGAAGCAAGGGUCUCCCGGGACUCAACCGACUGGGCUGAGCGGCUGUGGCAUGCAUACCGUGAAUCGUGGGAGCCUCAUGUGGCUGUCCGGAGCCCCACCAGUGAGGUGGACUAUGCCCGCCGCAUUGUGGACCUGCUGCUGCGUGUCUUGGUGCCCAAACCCCACCUGGAAACCAGGACCGGCCAUUUUGUGGUGGUGGAGCUGGUGACCUGCAAUGUGCUUUUGCCCAUGAUCAACAAAAUGGCUGACCCUGACUGGCUCAACCUGCUCUUGAUUGCUGUUUUCUCCAAGAUUGGAGGGAAAAGAGUUAGUGAGAUAGAGAAGGUGGAGAGAUUGCCGGCCAUACCAGCUCUUUCGCCAGGCCAGGCUGUGGUGCCCGACUUGUUGCCAUUGGCAUCUCAGUGGGAUGCUGCCCUUGAGGCCCGGGCAUUGUCUCCGAGGAGGUCUGAGCCAUUGAUUGGUGAUGUGAUGGAUGGUUUGGAAAUCCAUGUGUUCGAGGGGAGAGAAUCCAUCAGUAGAGAGCUGAGUGCUGAAAUGGACAGGCGAAGAACCAGUAGCAUCUGUACACCUUGCCUUCAGGCUGAUACUCUGGGGUCUUUCUUCCCCUGUGAAGACUUGGAAAUGGAGUCUCCCAUGACUGACCUAGGAAAGGAUUCAGGCCCCAUGGGGCUCAUGUCAGCUGAGGAGUUCCUUGCAAGCUCCCUCUCUGUUGAGGUUUCUGACAGCUUGGAUCAAGAAGACAACCUGGGCGUCAGGACCAGGUUGAUGGAGGACCAUGCUGGCUCUGGUUCUGAAACUGGCCUCCAAGCCACCUCCCUUAGUCCAUGUCCAGACAUCCAGAUUGAGCCUGUGGUGGAGAAGGAAGUAGCCUUGGCUUCCUUGUCAGCUCUUCUAGGGGACCCAGAGAAGACUUUCUUGAGGCGUCCUUCCUUCCUGGAGAAAGAGUUGGGGGCUUCUGAAUGCUCGCCCCACAACCCUCAGGAUCUGGCUCCGUUGCCGGGCUUGCUCUCCUCCUCCCCGACUGCCCCCAUGGGCACGUUCAGCUUUGAGCCACUCAGUAGCCCAGAUGGCCCUGUCAUCAUCCAAAACCUGAGGAUAACUGGCACCAUCACAGCCCGAGAGCACAGUGGAACAGGAUUCCAUCCGUACACCUUGUAUACUGUGAAGUAUGAGACAACCUUGGACAGUGACAAUACUAGCACUCUACAGCAAGUUGCUUAUCAUACCGUGAACCGACGAUAUCGGGAAUUCUUGAAUUUGCAAACCAGACUGGAGGAGAAGCCAGAUCUACGGAAAUUCAUAAAGAAUAUAAAAGGGCCAAAGAAGCUAUUUCCUGAUCUGCCUUUUGGUAACAUGGACAUAGAGAAAGUAGAAGCCAGAAAAAGCCUGCUGGAGUCAUUUUUGAAGCAAUUGUGUACUAUUCCUGAGAUUACCAACAGCGAGGAAAUGCAGGAAUUCCUUGCCCUGAACACUGAUGCCAGGAUUGCUUUUGUCAAAAAGCCCUUUGUGGUCUCCAGGAUUGACAAGAUUGUGAUGAAUGCCAUUGUAGAUACAUUAAAAACAGCGUUUCCCAGAUCUGAGCCUCAGAGCCCUACAGAAGAUCUCAGCGAGGCAGAGAUGGAUGGGAAGUCACAGACGGAUGGGAAGAAGGCAAAUAAGUCUAGGCUGAGAUUUCCAUCCAGCAAAAUUGCCCCAGUUCUAAAUGUGGGCGUAACACAAGAGAAAGUUGCUUAUUCUUUCCGGGAAGGCACAAUGGUCUCCGAGUUGCUAUCCCUGCCAAGAAUGGAGUCUUUCAUUCAGAAGCAGGAAAAGAUACUGGAGGCAGGAUUCACUGAGGGAGCAGAGAAUGAGGGAGUUGAAGACGCUAAAGGCCUUGAGCAAGCAUCAGAUUUAGACAUGAAAUCCACAGAGGUAGCACAGAUGCCGGGAGAGGGCAACAGGGAGCCUGAAUCAGAGACACUCCUGGCAGAUGUUGCCCUGGAUAUUCUCCAUCUGAUCAUGGUUGAUCACUGGAACUGGCUGUGCACAGAGAACAUGCAGAGGGUUCUGCACUUGCUCUUUGGGACCCUCGUCCAAAGGUGGUUGGAGGUCCAAGUGGACAAUCUGACCUGCACUCAGCGCUGGGUUCAGUACCUCAGGUUGCUUCAGGAGUCGAUAUGGCCUGGUGGAGUCUUACCAGUGUUGCCCAAACCACUGAGGACAGAAGAAGAGAAGGCAGCAGCAGAAAGACAAGCCUUGCAGAUUCUCAUGGGAAUCCUGCCUGAAUUAAUUCUAGAAAUCCUUGGGACCAGUAAAUGUCGACAAAGUUGGAGCCUAGUCCUGGAGUCCAUGCAACAUCCUAUCAUAAACAGGCACAUGGUUUACUGCCUCUCAGACAUUCUUCUGGAGUUUUUGAUCCCUGACUCCCAAACAGAUGAACCUAAAACAACACCUGGAGAUACUUCUGGUUGUGGAAUGCCUGAGAGGGCUGGACCUUCAUCACAUUAGCUUAGGGGGGAAAGUGUCUGUGUGCAUAGAAGAGAACCUGUAGGCAUCAACCAUUUGAGAUUAUAUUUUUAUUGAACAGAGACGGGGCUACUGAAGGAGACAGACUUCUUUGAAAAAAUUACUCAAUCUAAAAUGAGUGGUCUAAUAAUUUGUGAUAACUGUACCAGUUCUUUGUUAGAAAGUACCCUCUUCCUGUAGAGGUGAAGAAUCUUGAAAAGAUGGCAUCACUAGAUAUUCCUGGAUAGAUGUGAUUUUACUUGUUGUGUGUCUUUUUAACCUAGUUAAGCUGGUAGGUUUGGGCACUCCAAGGCUACCUGUGUAUGGGCAUUCAGUUUCAUGAUCUCUACCUGUUCUUUCCUCGUUGCAAAACAGUUACAGUGAAGAGAAGAUGAUGAAAUGUUUAAGAAUAAA